CCCUAGUAACCCACAUGGUAACCAAUUUCCUUGUGUUUUGAGUUUCGGCGGCUUUUGUGGAGGCAAGACAGUCUCUACGGAUUUUGGGCUGUUUUCCACCUACAGGAAUAAUUUGUGGUUUUAUUAGUGCUUGUUUUCAUAGAUACAAUAGGUAUGAAGAUCGAGGAGGUGAAGAGCACAACGAAAACCCAGCGUAUCGCAUCUCACAGUCACGUCAAAGGACUGGGACUGGAUGAGGCCGGUAAUGCUAAGCAGGCAGCAUGUGGUUUGGUGGGGCAAGAAGCUGCAAGAGAGGCUUGUGGUAUCAUUGUGGAGCUAAUCCGUUCAAAGAAGAUGGCUGGAAGAGCAGUAUUAUUAGCAGGGCCACCAGGUACAGGAAAGACUGCUUUAGCGCUGGCUGUGGCACAGGAGUUAGGAAACAAGGUGCCUUUCUGUCCAAUGGUUGGCAGUGAAGUUUACUCCUCAGAGAUCAAAAAGACAGAAGUGCUGAUGGAGAAUUUCAGAAGAGCCAUUGGCCUGCGUAUCAAAGAAACAAAGGAGGUGUAUGAAGGAGAGGUGACAGAGCUGACUCCCUGUGAGACGGAGAACCCCAUGGGCGGAUAUGGCAAAACCAUCAGCCACGUCAUCAUCGGUCUGAAGACUGCCAAAGGCACCAAGCAGCUCAAGCUUGAUCCCAGCAUUUAUGAAAGUCUUCAAAAGGAGAGAGUUGAAGUGGGAGACGUCAUCUACAUCGAGGCCAACAGUGGAGCCGUGAAGAGACAAGGUCGCUGUGACACAUUUGCGACUGAGUUCGACCUGGAGGCAGAGGAGUACGUGCCGCUGCCCAAAGGAGACGUCCACAAGAAGAAGGAGAUAGUUCAAGACGUGACGCUGCACGAUCUGGAUGUGGCCAACGCAAGGCCUCAGGGAGGACAGGACAUUCUCUCUAUGAUGGGACAGUUAAUGAAACCCAAAAAGACAGAAAUUACAGAUAAGCUGCGUGCAGAGAUAAACAAAGUGGUAAACCGGUACAUAGACCAGGGUGUGGCGGAGCUGGUGCCGGGGGUUCUGUUUGUGGAUGAGGUUCACAUGUUGGACAUCGAGUGCUUCACGUACCUCCACCGAGCACUGGAGAGCACUAUCGCCCCCAUCGUCGUGUUCGCCUCCAACCGUGGAAACUGCCUCAUCAGAGGGACAGAGGACAUCAGCUCUCCUCAUGGCAUCCCUCUGGACCUGCUGGACCGAGUCAUGAUCAUCAGGACCAUGAUGUACACACCACAGGAGAUGAAGCAGAUUAUUAAGAUUCGUGCUCAGACUGAAGGCAUCAACAUCAGUGAAGAGGCUCUCACACAUCUGGCAGAGAUCGGCUCAAAAACUACACUCAGAUACGCAGUGCAGUUGCUGACCCCGGCCAGCCUUUUGGGGCGUGUUCAGGGCAAAGAAAACGUGGAGCGAGAACAAGUAGAAGAAAUCAACGAACUUUUUUACGACGCAAAAUCCUCGGCCAAAAUUCUCCAGGACCAACAGCACAAGUUUAUGAAAUGAACACAAAUCCAGUUUUAUUCUGAGCCAAUAGACGAAAGCAUUUCUCUGCAUAGUAUAUUUAUGCAACUUUUCAUCACUCACCCAAUGUUUCUGUUCUGUUUCCUUCAUAUGUUGUUCUGUUGAAUUAGUUUUAUUUGUUACAGCUGGGAAAUUAUUCCUAAUAAAAGAAAACAAAUAUUU